AUGGAAAAAAUUCUAAAAUGGUCGACCGAAAACAGCGAUCCCUCAGCUGUGCCACAGCAACCAGCUACGCAAGAAAAAAAUAAAUUAGAUCCGGAAAUUAUUGAUCUCAUUUUGGGAAAAAGUGAUGCUGUUCAAAUUCGAGAGGCCGUUGAGGCUGUGUCAAAUCCAGAAACAAGUGUAGAUGAUAAAAAAAUUGCUCUCGAUAAUUUAGAAAUGCUUGUAGAACAAAUAGAUACUGCCAUUGGUAAUUAUGAACUUAUCGAGAAUAUGAAUUUAUGGCCACAAAUUCUUUCAUUCCUUUCAUUACCAGAAGCUUCUCUUAGAACACAAGCUUUAUGGGUAUGUGGAACUGCUGUUCAGAAUAACCCUAAGGCACAGAAAGCUUUCUCUGAAAAUGGAGGAUUGACUCUCAUCUUGAAUAUAUUAAAAGAUGCAAAUGAAGAUAUGGAAGUUAAGAGUAAAGCAAUAUAUACAUUGUCUGGGGCUAUAAAGCACUAUCCUCCGGGGUUAGCACAGUUUGAAAAAGAUGAAGGGUACGACGUAUUACUGAAAUUAUUAGAGACUUCUAAUGAAAUCCAGUUACUGCGUAAAACAAUAUUCCUUUUCAACACUUUGCUCAUACAAGUUCCAGACACUGUUCUUCGCACAUUGCUUUCUGAAUUGCGACAUUCUUCACAAUCUUUUGCUGAUGACGAGAUAAAUGAGCUGAGAAAACUUCUUCCGAAACUCAGGACAAAAUAUGGGGAAUGCGCUCUGACCCCGAUAGAAUGGGAUGAAUUAGAAAAGCGAAUCCAAUAA